AUGGCGGGAUCCGUUUGGAACAGAAACAGUUGGCACUGGGAAGAAAAAAACUACAACAAAUGGGGAGAGUCGUACAUAAAAAAUAAACUGUCCGAUUUGAAAAUCGAGAAGGAAGAUCUUUCCGUCUACUUCGACAGAGUGGACAUUUCCGGAAAUGCCUCCGUGUCAAUUCGGAAGGGAAAACAAAUAAACUCCUUCGAAUACGUAAUAAAGUUCGACUGGGUAUGCUCCAAAACGGGGCAAGACAAGGAAUACGCUGGAGGAACCGCAGAAAUUUUGGACUUCUCAAAUUGUUCCGUUGAGGACAACGACUACGCCAUCAACAUUGAACUGAUCGGAGACAAGGAGGAGUCCAAGCGGGCUUACGAAAUUCUCAGGAAGGAAGGAAAGGAGAAAAUAAAAGAUGCCUUGAAGAAUUUCCCGGAGGAUCUACUAAAGCACGACUCGAACGAAUCAAACAAGGAACAGAAGAUCCUAGCGGAGGAAGAGGAAAAACUGCAGAAGGCAAAGCUGCAAAGCGCACAACAAAAUCAACCCGAGGGCGUAACUACUAACAUUGCGAACAAUGCGAACCACGUAAAGGAAGAAAACAAAGAGGAGGGAAAAAAAGAAGGAUCCAUUUGGAACAUUAACAACUACCACUGGGAGGAGAAAUGCCUAACCAAGUGGGCCCAGGAGGAAUUAAAAAAUAUGCUAGACACCUCCACAAUACAACUGAGCAAUAACAUUUCUUUGCAACUCUUUAGUUCCGAAGUUGAUGGUGAAGCUUCUUCCAGUUUGCGAAAAAAAAAAAAAAUAAUAAUUUACGACUUAAAAAUUAAUACCGAAUGGAAGGCCUUUAAAAAGAACAAAAAUGGCCAAGUCGAAAUGGAGAUCACGGGGCAUGUCAUUGUGAAUGAUGUCAUUUCUGAUUUCUCCUCUCAGGAGGAUAGCAAGUACACAUUUCAGUUCAUCUUUGACAAUGCCCGUCCAGAGGCGGCAGACAUGAAUGAGGUGAUAAAGAACGAGGGACCUGCGCAUAUCGAGAAGAUAAUAGAAGCCUUUAUUUCGAAGAUGAUGGAGAAGUAG